UUGUACAACACCCCCACCAUCCAUUGAACUGCACUUGGGUGUAAAAAUAAAACACCAGAAGCCAUUAAAGGAGCCGUGUAAAUUAAAGCAAACAGAAAGGAAAGAGGAUAACGGAUAGGAGAAACCUAGCAGUGCAUCACCGGAAAUCUCAGCAACAUUUCUCAAGGAACAAAAGCCAAUCUCAAAUGAAUUUCACAAGUCGCGCCAACUGCAAAUGCCCGCAUAGCCAAAAGCACCAGCAGAAGCCCGCCUUGAUCAAGAGUCACACCUGCGCCUAUCAGCUGCAGGAUCUGACGGGAUAUAAUCGCGCCCUGAUGCCUCCGCUGGACAACACGGACUUCAGCAGUGCCUGGCGGCAGGUGAACAACAACACCACCAGCCAGUCCUGCGCCUACCAUCAGCAGCAGCAGGACACGAAGGACACCAAGAGGCAAUACCACCACCACACUUGUCCGAGACAGAGGAAGAAGUCCUUGAUCCCAGCCAGCGAGCCAGCUGCUCACAUGUGCCAAAAGCACACGGAGCCCCAGCAGCGACGAUCCCGAUCCGCCUCGGCCAAACCGCGCAGGAACAGCUCCUAUCACUCCUACGACGACCUGGAUGUUUCGUCAGCUGUCCUCAAUGCGGAACGAAAGGUGGUGGCCAGCUUGAAGUACCUAUGCGCCUGCACGGGUGCCACACUGAGGAAUCUCUCCAAGAAGACCAAGGACCUGCACGCCAAAAACUAUACCUACACAAAGCCCACGUGGCGCCUCUGGGGCGAAGAGCACGAGAAGAAUGCAAUUUUCACCGUUUACCUGAAGAAGGUGCGAUACCACCGACCCACGCCCACCGCCAGCAAUGACUCGGAUGAUGAGAUUUCCCAUCUGGAGUGGGAGACAGUGCGAGUGCGCUUCGUGAAGGCGGCUACCUUGGCCCGGCUGGUGGAGGCGCUAGCCACCGAUGACGGGGAGCUGGAGUCGACCUUCAUCAACGUGUUCCUGUCCACCUACCGCACCUUCUCCACGCCCAAGCAGGUGCUCAGUCUGCUGACGCAGCGCUACGAUGCGCUGCACGAGAAGCACGUGGAGGAGGUAGAGCAGGCGCAGCAGAAUGGCCAGGUUAUGGAUCCCGCCUAUGAUCCCCAUGCUUCCAUCCAUGAGCAGCACAAGAAAACCCUAGUCUCGGCGCUUCACGUGUGGCUAGAUGGAUUCCCGGAGGAUUGGCAUGAGGACAACCUGCAGCAGAUCUUGGCCUUUGCCACCAAGCGACUGAAACGUUCCGAUCUGCACAUCAAGGUGCUAAAUCGUCUGGAGCGCCUGAUCCGACAGUCUGUCUAUGGGAAUGGAGGAGGAGGUGGAGGUGGUGGCUCAGAGGGCAAUGGUCUCUCGUGGCUUUCUGCAGCGGGUUCGCAACAGAUGCAGCAGUUCAUGAUUCCCACGCACUACGGCUCUUCGUAUGACCUGACGGAUCAGUUCAACGGCAUGUAUCUGGCGCCAAUGGGCGGUCAUGGGCACAUCUACCGCGGACCCACGCACUUUCUGCAGGCCUUCCGCUUCCCUCACGUCCCCGUUCGGCACUUUGCCGAGCAGCUGACCCGUAUGGACACGGAACUCUUCAAGCGACUGAUACCCCACCAGUGCCUCGGACACACUUGGGCCCGGCGGGACAGCGGAGGAUCGGAGACUGUGGUGGCCACCAUCAACCAAUUCAAUGCGGUGCUCUUUCGGGUGGUGUCCAGCAUCUUGAUCGAUCGCCUCAAGCCUCAGGAACGCGCUCUUAACAUUUCACGUUGGAUUGACAUUGCCCAGGAGCUGCGGAUGCUCAAGAACUUUAGUUCACUGAAGGCCAUUAUUUCUGCACUGAAUUCCAAUUCCAUAUACCGCCUCUCCAAGAUCUGGGAAGUGCUGCCUAAAGAAAGGAUGGAAGUCUUUACGGAGCUGGCGAACAUUUGCUCGGAGGACAACAAUGCCUGGACCCUGAGGGAAGUACUGAAACGCGAGGGAACAGCCAAGAAUCCCGAUCCGGGCAGUGAUCAGGGUGAUAGACACCUGCAGAAGCUCAUUCUGAACUUGGGAACGCAGACAUCGCACGGAACGAUACCCUAUCUGGGUACUUUCCUCACCGACCUGACCAUGAUCCAUACGGCCAACCCGGACUACCUCACCGAGAACAAGCUCAUAAACUUCGAUAAGAAACGCAAGGAGUUCGAGGUGCUGGCCCAGAUAAAGUUGCUCCAGGGAGCGGCCAACACGUAUAAUCUGCAGGGGGACGCCCUGUUCGAUCAUUGGUUCAACUCGAUGCCGGUGUUUGACGAGCGGGAGGCCUUUGAGCUGAGUUGUCGACUGGAGCCACAGCCACCGGCGCCACGGAAAUCGGUGGUCAGCACCAACACCUCGUUAACCAAUACGACCGGCUCAUCGACGGCCUCGAUAAUGGGCCACCGGAAGACUGACUCCAUUCACUCCAACUCGAGCAGCGGGGCGGGAUCGCAGUUCUACUGCGAACUGAACAGCAGCACCAGCUCGAGGCACAAUUCCCUGGACAGGGAUGCCCACCACCAGCACGCCUCCCUGAUGUCCGCCUCGAGCAGUGUGUCCAAUCUGUCGCUGGAUUCCAGCAACUCCGGCGGUCGACAGUCGGGCAAACUGACGCACUCGCAGUCCAUGGGAAAUGGACUGAAAUCGCACGGGAAUGGCACCACCAAUGGUGGGUCCCCCCAUAUCAACGCCCAGCUGGUGCAGCCAUCGAGUGGAACUCCCCAGUCCGCUCCGGACUUCUAUAUCAUCCGGGUGACCUACGAAACGGACAACAUCGAGCUGGACGGAAUCGUGCUGUACAAGAGCAUUAUGCUGGGAAAUAACGAGCGCACGCCGACGGUGAUCCGAAAUGCUAUGCUCAAAUUGGGCCUGGAGGACGAUCCGGAUAGGUUUACUCUGGCCCAGGUUCUACCCGAUAAGGAACUGGUAAUGCCGAAGAAUGCGAAUGUCUACUACGCGGUGAACACGAACUACAACCUCAACUUUAUCCUGAGACCGCGAAAGGAAGAGGGCGUGGCCGGAAGCUAGUCCACAGCCGUGCCCCUGUCCCAAUUGUGGUGUCUGGGAUACGAGGGCGAGGAGUGAAGAAGGGACUACCUUUAUUGGGAGGGGGAAAUUGUAAAUAGCUGGAGCUUGACUCGCCCAUGACAAAACUGGAUAUACCAAUUUCUACUUAGGUUCGUAAUUUGUUUAAGUUAUUUAUUGAAAAGCGAAAGAAUAGUAGAAGAAAUUAGUUCGAUAACCGAUUAUUUCGAUUAAUAUCUCUUUUGAUUCUAACCUGUCAAUUAGCAGUUAGCCGACUUUUGUAAUCUCUGAUUUUUCCCAGGCCUAGAGUUUAAUGUGUAAGUAUAUCUCGAAAAAUACCAAUCCAAAACAUAUAUUAUAUUAUAUAGAGACUCUACUGGAAUAUUUGCUGAUAUUUACAAACACAAUUAUAUAUUACGUAUAUAUAUUUGAAUACAACAAUUGAUAUUCUAAAUGUGGUACAAUAAUUUGGGAUCUUGAAACGGAUAUUGAGUUGGUUGAAGGAUCCUCCUUGUCUGUACUUUGAGGACUUUCAAACACAAACAACUAAGCAUAUUUGUAUAGAUGUUUUUACCCACUGUAUGUGUAUUAUAAAUACAAGUUUAACAAUAAGUACGAUUUGUAACUGUUUCCGUGUGGAGUGCACAACAAGAAAUAAUAUUUUAUCAAUAACUUUAGCAGGUUAAGAUAUUGUAUUUCAGAUUUUGUAAGUUAUCUACAUUGAAAACUACUGAGAGAAUGAAACAAUUAUACAUCUACGGUAAACACUAAGAAUCUACUUAGAAUUAUACAUAUUAAAUAUGAUAGUUAUUUAAAUGAAAACUAAGUACGCGAAAGAAGAUGAACAGAGAAAUAUUGUAAAUAGAUAAAUGAAAAGCUAUAAUUUGUGUUCUUCUGAAAAAUAAAUUGUACCAAACGAAAACAUAA